AUGCGUGUCUCAGCUCAUCCGGAUCUUGUCUCCGAUCUGAAGGUCUGCAAUGUUCGCUGGUCCGUCAAGGGCCAUGAAUUCGAUAAAUAUCCAGCCAAGCAGCAUGCGCGCAGGGUCGCGAUGAAAUUGGGGGUUUGUAGCGGCCUUAUCUAUCUUGCCGGCACACCAACAAUCAAUUGGGGCGAUUCGGAUCAACCGCAGACCUUCCGACAAAGACGCUACUUCUACUACCUCAGCGGCGUGGAUGAACCCGAUUGCUUUCUGACCUACGAUAUCAAGAAAGACCUGUUGGUUCUCUAUGUUCCCGACUUCGAUUUGCAUCGGGCGAUCUGGAUGGGGCCCACGCUGACCGUCGACGAGGCUCAACGGCGGUUUGAUGUAGACCGAGUUCGCUACCAUACCUCCCUAGACAAUGAUAUCGCGUCCUGGGCCCAAGGGUACAACGACACCGCGCCCGUGUAUGUUCUUCAUACGUCUCAGCAACCCGAAAUACCAGCCACCAAGCUCCAGAUAGACCACGAGCACCUGCUUCCUGCGAUGGAUGCGGCUCGAGUCAUCAAAGACAGCCAUGAAAUCCAACUAAUUCGCCAGGCAAACAUCAUUUCUGGCCUGGCUCAUCGGAAGGUGCUGGAGAAGAUCCACAAGAUGACCAACGAAACACAGAUCGAAGGACUAUUUCUGGCCACAUGUGUGUCUCACGGCGCGAAGAACCAAGCGUACGAGAUUAUUGCUGGCUCGGGUCCCAACGCCGCGACCCUCCACUACAUCAAAAACAAUGAGCCUCUGAAAGGUCGACAGCUGGUCUGUUUAGAUGCGGGGGCGGAGUGGGAGUGCUAUGCGAGCGAUGUCACUCGGACGUUUCCCCUGGGCGCGGAGUGGCCCAGUGAGUAUGCUCGCGACGUUUAUCAAAUUGUAGAGGAGAUGCAAGAGGAAUGUAUCCGGCGCAUCAAACAGGGGGUACGAUUUCGAGACUUACAGCUCCUGGCACACAACAUUGCCAUUCAAGGGUUACAAGCACUGGGCGUACUCAAGCCUGGACCUGUAGAGGAGAUCCGUGAGUCAGGGGCGUCGGCAGUUUUCUUCCCUCACGGACUGGGACACCACGUCGGACUGGAAGUCCACGACGUCUCGGAGAGGCCAAUCACGGCCCAGGGUCAGCGGGCAAGACGCGACCUGGUGCCGCCCACUAGCCUUUCGUUUCCAGUGUUAGAGGAAGGUAUGGUGGUGACGGUCGAGCCCGGCAUCUACUUCUCUCAAUUGGCGCUGGCCAAUGCUCAGAAGCAACCGCUCGCCCGACACAUCAACUUCGUCGAAGCGGUGAAGUACAUCCCAGUCGGUGGAGUGCGGAUCGAGGACGACAUCCUAGUGACGGGGACGGGAUACGAGAAUCUGACGACAGCGCCAAAGGGGAAGGAGAUGCUGGAGAUCAUCCGUCGCGGGAUCGACAAUAGCCGGGGGAGCCAUCAGUCAGUUGUAUCUUGA